GACCAAACACUAUAGUUCUCACAGAAAGAAAAAAAAAAACUUGAAAUUUUCUAAACCAGUUUGAGAAAAUGAAAACCGUAGCUUUAGUAAUCUUCAGCAUCCUUCUUCUUUUUUCUUUGGUUGCAGGGGACGAUUCGUCUAAAAACGAGAUCAAAGGUGAUGAAGUCAAUCAAGCCGACACUGAAGCAAAUCAUGUAGAUGACCAGAAGUAUAAUGGCGGCUUUGGAUGGGGUGGGCCAGGAGGCUGGGGAGGCUACAACGGUGGUCGCUGGGGAGGAGGCGGUCGUGGCGGUGGAUGGGGUGGAGGUGGUCGUGGUGGCGGAUGGGGCGGAGGUGGAUGGGGUGGAGGUGGUCGUGGCGGUGGCUGGGGCGGAGGUGGUCGUGGCGGCGGAUGGGGCGGAGGUGGUCGUGGCGGUGGAUGGGGCGGAGGUGGUCGUGGCGGUGGAUGGUGA